AUGUAUGAGGAGGAGUACGAUGAUGUCAACUAUGCGCUGAACAUGGUCUCUAGCCCCAUAUCUGACGAGGAGAUGGAUGAGCUCCAGGACCAGUGUAGGCGACGUAUCAACGCGAGAUGUGGAGGUUUGUUGGAGGUGAAGGGUAGCUCAGUUCAGUUUCUCCAUCAAACAGUGCGAGACUUUCUACUUACUAGUGAGAUAAGCGACUUCCUGAGUGUGAAGGCGAAGGCUGGCUUCUCAGUCGAUCUCUCCACUCUAAGGGCAUUUGUAGCGAGGCAAAAACGGAUUCCUCAUUCUGCAACGGAUGCCCAGGGCUCUACGCCACUAGUCGUCCUAGAUGAAUCGCUUCAGUAUGCGAGCGACGCACUGGAAGAUUCGCCAAUGUUAGUAACGGAGCUACUCGACGAUCUAGAGAGUCUCUUUCAGCUUCUCCCAGGAGGUGAGAUUCUGCCUGAGCUCAAGCUUAUCAGCGAAUCGGACGCCGGUUAUUUUAAUAGCAACACGAACUUCUAUUGCAACUCCCCGGAUUUCCUGUUUCGAAAUGAAUUGCCUAGGGUGGGAGUCAGCCAGUAUGUCUCCAAAAAGCUCAAGGAAAGCCCGAAUUACUUCGAUGACUUGAAUGAGCCGCCUCUCAGUGUAGUCUUUAAACUACCAAACUUGACACCAAGACAUGUGCAAAUGGUCAGCGAUCUCUUGGAAUCCGGCCAGGAACUUUAUGAUGGAGGGAGAUCGAAUCUCUCGUCGAUGUGGAACAGUUUCAUUUUACGAACGUGCCAAGGAGAAGAAGCAACCGAGAGAUUUCACGCUGCGAUGAAAGCGGUCUAUUUUCGUUGCUUCUGCGCUACAGUGGACAUAACAGUGUAG